AUGCGAUAGAAACCGCAAGUCGCAUUCGUUAUUAAUUGGAGCGAAAGUGAAAUAUUAUCAUAAUAAUCAGGCCACAGAAUGCAUCUAGACAGACAAUUCCUCUUUCUCGUAACAGUCAUUGUAAUACUGUUCGUGUUCGGUUGCAGAUGUGAGGAAGAGAUAAAUGAGAAUGUGAUUGAUAGUAACGAAGUCCUCAGUAACGAGGAAGAUACGGAGAAGUUUCCGAAGGGUUGGAACGUCAUCAAGAAGUUGAGGGAACAGAUUAAAAUGAAGGAGGCCGAGUUAGAAAACGCGGAAAAGAUCAAUAAGAAUUUCGAAAGGAUGAUUCAGCUAGUGAACAUAAUGGGACAAGUCGAUACAUUCUUAACGGACAGAACGAGGAUGGUUCUUAAGAAGUUGGCGAUGCUUGCAGACGAUAUGGACGGAAGCAAAUCAAGAAAAUCAAUGAAAUACGACAUCAAAUUUUAAUACACGAACCCCAAAUAUAAAGAAAUAUUAAAUUUGAAAAUAAAACGAAUUAUUUAUUUAAUACUUUCGCAUUUAAACAAAUCGCAAUUUCCUUCUU